AUGGAAUAUCCCAAGGGCCUAGACCCUUACAACUCUCGACAACAUUUACUUCAUCAUGCGUAUUCGCCGUUGAUCUCCAUCCAAUCAUCGAUUAGUGCAGAUACGUUAGCUCAGGCAAUUGCAUCUACACAAGAUAUAUCCAUACUACAAUUAUUUAAGCCCUAUGGGAACAAUUCCAAAUAUAGCAUUUCGAAUCAGGUGUUUAAGAUUACUAAUACCCAAUUGAUUACCAAGAACUAUCCCAGCUUCCCUAUUAGAUUUGAACCUCCAUUACCUGAAUUGAUAAGCAUUAAGAGUGGAACCACUCGAGAAUCAUCGAGUACCAAUGCCUCCACUCAAUCGGUUUCUGAAGGUUCAGGUGGCAUUGUUUCUUUGAAUCAACUAUUUUCAAUAGGGACCUUAGAACUUUUAUUGAAACAUAAAGCUAAUGAAGCAUCUGAUAAAGGGACUGGAACAGGGACGUCCGACUUAUAUCUUGGGUUCUUUGAUAAGGUGAUUACUUCUAAUCAUAUUGUUCCCUUUGAGACGUUUAACCAUCCAAUAACUCAGAUCUUUGUGGUGGAUUAUGCACAAGAUUCUUUGGAAUAUUUAAGAGAGCAAAUCGUUCAUUUCCGUAACUUUAAUUUCCCCAAGUUCUUCCAGAUUAAUGACUUAUUAAUGCAUUCGUUUGUAUUUUAUGAUCCAAAUACGGUUUCUCAACAAGAAAUCAUUGCAUUUGAACAAGAAUUGUAUACCAUGCUUAAUAUGAAUGCCACGUUGUUUCCUAUUCAGGCGUUCACUCAAGAAGUGGAAACCAUAUCCAUUUCAUUAGAAGAAAAUUCUACUAUUGAAGAAGAUCUUCAACGGAUUAGUCUUAAAUCUCAGUCCACUAACAUCAAGAUUCCACUUUCGGUCGAUCAAAUUCUUCGAACAAAAUUAAAUGAAUUUAUCAAGAAAUAUUUAAUCCCCCAUAUGGAACAGAAAAUAAGGUAUUGGGAUGAUCAAAUCCUUCAACCAAAGAAAUCUAUUGCCAAUAAAUUCUUCUCUGCUUCCAGAAGACUCUUUAAUAAUGAAAUCAAUUCCAACAUUGGAUUUAAUUCUCAUGAGAAUUAUUAUCAUAAAUCUAGUCCAGAACAAGCCAUUAGGAAAUUGGCUGAUUGGUCUUUGAUUUUAAAAGAUUUCAAAUAUGCUUAUUCAACUUAUGAUUUGAUAAAGAAAGAUUUCACAAAUGAUAAAGCUUGGGUUUAUGUGGCUUCAUCACAAGAAAUGUGCAUAGUAUCACUUUUGUUGGCUCAAACUCAACAAAGUAAUUCCAAUUUACGUCCUGAUAAAAAUACCCUAAGGAAAGUACGACAUGAUAUUGUUGAACCUUAUAUGGACAACUUAUCGUACACUUUCAAAUCCAGACUAAAUUUGAAAUCUUAUAGCAGUCGUGCCCAUCUUGUGGUUAUUGAGCUUUUAUUGUGUAUGUGCAACGCAUUCAAUAUUAGUUGGUGGUGGACAGAUUUAAUUGAAAAAUACAUACUUAAAUGCAUUGCUGAAUUUGAUAUUCAAUUACCCAUUGGAAAACCCGCUGUUACAAGAGCUAUUUUAUAUGAACGGUUAGGGUUUACGGUGGGGAGUUCAAUCUAUUUAAAUCUGGAGAACACUUUCUUAUUGGACAAGUUUUUCGAUCGAGUUAAGACAAUAACUGACAAAGAAGAUGAUGAUGAUCAAGAAGCAGGAACUUUUAUUAAUGAACACAAGAUCAAGGCUCCAAUUAAUGCAACUAUUGUUGGCUUAUCCAGGUUCCGGAAAUCAGCCAUGUGGUAUUUGCUUUCCAUAAAGGAAUGGUCUUUGCUUCAAAAUAAACAUCAGAUAGAAACAUUAUUAACCAACGUUGAGUUGGUAUAUGAUCCGAAACAAAAAGAUGAAUGGUAUACUCGUAAAGAUCUUCUUUUAGGGUAUAUUUUGAAUCAAGUUGGAAAGCAUCCUGAUGCUUAA